CAAAUGUUUUGACAAUUGCAUUCAAUGGCGUCCCGUCCAGAUGAGUGCUAUUGAUUGGAGCGGUGCGGGCUGUUGUUGAAAAAUGUGACUGUGCCCGGUGGUUUCAAAAUGUGGUGUGCGACGAAACGGGAAAAGUACGGAGUUGCAAUUUACAAUUGGAAAGGGGACACGAAAUGCGGCCUUCCCUUGGAGAUCGGAGAGACGGUGCAGAUCCUCGAGGAAUGCGCCGGUUGGUAUCGCGGAUUUACCACGAAGAAUCGGUCCACGAAGGGCAUAUUUCCGUUGUCCUAUAUCCACCUAAAGCCCUGCAAAGUUGACAAUGAGGGGCUCUUCGAGAGCGUUGUUCCAUUGGAAGAUCCGGUCGUCCGAGAAGUUACCUUAGUUUUAAGAGAAUGGGCGGACAUUUGGAAGCGUCUUUUCGUGGAAAAGGAGACGUACAAGUUCGAGACGGUGGGGAAGGUGAUGCGGGAUCUGCUGGAAUGGCGGAGACAGCUAGUUUCCGGGACUUUGACCCAGGAUCAAACGCGCGAGCUGAAACUGAAGAUCAUUGCCAAAAUCGAUUGGGGAAACAGGAAACUGGGUCUAGACCUGGUGCCUAGGCAAGGUGCCCAAAUGGUUGAUCCCGAUUCCAUGUCCGUGGUUGAGCUAUACCACGUCCACGUUUCCAGCGCUGAAAGUUCUCAGGGAGCUUCGUCACGAGGGACGAUAAAGCGUAAAGAGACGAAGAAGAUCUUAACGCAUCACCUGUACUUCUGCAUGCGGGACUUCGGGCAUCACAUCGGUGAAGACACGGAGAUCUACUUCUCGUUAUACGACGCCAAGAAGCAGAGCUACAUUUCCGAAAGGUUCCUAGUCAAAAUCUCCAAAGAGGGCUUCUCGAAUUACAUUGAAAAAUUGCAUAGCAACUGCACUAUAUUCACGGAUUUGGGUAAUACCGACCUGAAUCGGGACAUAUACAUAGUUGCUCAUGUGAUGAGGAUCGGCAAAAUGUGCUAUUCAGAGAGUUCCAAAAAGACUGAGAAAUACGCUACCACGCUGCAGCAGGUGUACAAGAGACCCCAUGGUGUUGCGGUGCAGAACAUGGGUGACUUGUUGAAUCACAAGGAGUCUGAGGAGCGCGAGUUCCCUAUGAAGGUGUUCCAGUGCGAGGAUAAGGAUUUCCAUCAGUUGCACGAGAACAUCAUCAGGCAGUCUGGGAAGUACAACGCGUUAUCUUGCCAACCAAACUACGGCAUCAUAAUUUCGCUCAAAAUGCUUCACGGACAACUCGCACAAAUCAAGGAGGAUAAUCCGCUUCUCUUCAAGAACAUCAGUCUUACAAACAAGCUCGGAUUCCCGGAUGUUAUUAUGCCGGGAGAUGUACGGAACGAUCUUUACUUGAAUUUGGAAAGAGGAGAAUUUGAGAGGGGCGGAAAAUCUACUGGGAAAAAUAUUGAAGUUAGCAUCCUGGUUCUAGACAGCGAGAAAAAUAUCAUUAAGAAUUGCUUGUGGGGGGCAUCUGGAUGUGAAGGUUAUUCAGAGUAUAAUUCUAUGAUCAUCUACCAUCACAAUUCUCCGGCCUGGGCGGAGAACGUUAGGCUCACUUUACCAAUAGACAAGUUCGCAGGAGCUCACGUGCGAUUAGAAUAUAGGCAUUGCUCAACGCGUGAGAAGAACGAUAAGAAACUGUUCGGAUUCUCGUUCAUCCGCUUGAUGGAUAAAGACGGCGCCGCUGUUCAGGAUGGUCAACACGAACUGUUCAUUUACAAGUGCGAGGAUGCACAGAAAUUAGAUAAUUGCGGUUACCUAAUGCUGCCCGCGUACAACAAAGAUUCCGAAGGCAAUCACGAAUGCGUCGGAUCGUUUGCACGCAGCCAAAAGGAAUUGGUAUUUGUGAAGACUCUUCUUUGCUCCACGAAACUUACACAGAACGUGGAUUUACUGUCAUUACUGCGCUGGAAAUCGCAUCCAGAACGAAUCGCUGAAUCAUUGAAUAGAGUUCUCCGGCUGGGCGACGAAGAGCUAGUUAAAUUUCUGCAGGAUGUGCUUGACGCUUUAUUCGCGCUGUUUUCGACAGAAGAAGGAAAUUCAACUGCGUAUAGUGGAAUUGUUUUCCACGUGCUGGUCUCGAUUUUCAGUUUACUAGACGAAUCGAAGUUUCAGUAUUUCAAGCCAGUAUUAGACGCAUACAUCAAGGAUCACUUUGCCGCCGCUUUAGUCUACAAAGGGCUACUUACUAGUGUGCAGCAUUGUGCCGAUUGGAUCCUGUCGUUUGAGAAGCAAGAGCCAGUGCAGAAGUGCUUCAAGAGUUUGGAAUACAUCUUCAAACUGAUAAUACAGAGUAGAAUACUAUUCUCGAGAGCGAGCUGUGGUCAGUUUGAAGAUAACUUCCGAAGGGACUUGAACAGCGUCUUCGUCUCUCUAAACAACAUGCUGAAUCAAUCCAGCGUUUUUGUCGUCGAUACACAGGUGGCUUUGUUAUUGUCGAUAAGUGCUGUGUUUGAGCAGCUUGUUGAUAUAUUGUCGGUGCUGGAGGUGACUAAGUUGGCUACAACUAUGCUUGAUUCGACAAAGGAUGGUGUAGCGCAAAUUGUCCAGGCAAAACUAACGGCUAUUAGGAAUUUAAUGACCGGCAGAUUAUUCCACGACGAUGAGUCUAGGAACAUAUUGCUUGCUAACGCUUGCAAACAUCUCAGGAACCAUCUUAGUAGACGCGAUGAGCUUAGAUUAUGUACCGAAAUCCUGGGAGAAAUCUUGGGCUUCCUCUUCAAGCAACGUAUCCAAUGUGACGAGAUGGGAAAGAUCAACAAUUGUAUACACCACGACGUCGAUACACUGUGCGUCAGCACUUUUGAUGUCCUCAUACAAACAGUUUCUAUUAUAAUAGAUAAAGAAACCAAAGUUAUUGGAUCUUUGGUUGCUUGUUUAGUUGGUCUUUUGCAACUUUUAGACGAGUUUCACUACAAGCGUCUUUGGGAAACUCUGAUGGGUCCCGCGCAUGAUAGAAAACCACUGAAGGAUUUCUUGAUGCGCGUCUUUAUGGUCUUCCGAAACUUGGUCAAAUUGGAAGUCUUCCCGCCGGACUGGCUCAUUAUCAAAAUGGUUACAAAUAAUGUGAUGCUUCGUUCUUUACAAGAACUAGCCCAACCACUAGCUUUCAAGUUCUUGGACACGAGAGGCGGAUAUUUCGAUAAAGAUCUCUGGACAAUUUACUUCAAUUUAGCGGUCGAUUAUCUUACGCAAUCAUCGUUACAAUUGGAGCAAUUUUCUGAUGUUAAACGGGAGAAGAUCAUCGAAAAAUACGGCGAUAUGAGGGUGCUGAUGGGCUUCCAAAUCCUUUCCAUGUGGUCGCAGCUCGGCGAAAAUAAGCUUCAUUUUAUCCCUUCGAUGGUUGGACCCUUCCUAGAGGUCACCCUGGUACCUGAGAUCGAGUUGCGGAAAGCCACGUUGCAUAUAUUCUUCGACAUGAUGGAAUGCGAGCAGAAAGCGCGAGGAAACUUCCGGCAAGUCGAGAGCGAGCUCAUCGAUAAGUUGGAUAUUUUAAUAUCGGAGAACAAAGGCGACGAUGAAUACCGACAGCUCUUCAAUACAAUGGAGCAUUUGAGCGCUGUGCUUUUGGAUCGAGUUCAAGCUGAGGAUCCGGCAUGGAAGGAUAGCGGAGCGGCUUUCAUAAGCUCCGUCACGAGAUUGCUCGAGAGAUUAUUGGAUUACAGAAGCGUGAUCCAAGGCGACGAGAAUAGGGAUAAACGGAUGUCCUGCACUUUUAAUUUAUUGAACUUCUACAAGAACGAGUUUAACCGUAAGGAAAUGUAUCUGAGAUAUAUUUAUAAACUGCACGAUUUGCACAUGAGUGCUGAGAACUACACCGAAGCCGGAUUCACGAUGAAACUAUACGCGGAUCAAUUGAGUUGGACGAACACCGUGAUAACAAUGGAUCCCCAUUAUGCCGGAUUUACGGAGUGCAAGGUGAAAGAGGAACUGUAUCAGCAAAUUAUCAAUCAUUUCGAUAGAGGCAAGUGUUGGGAGAAGGGUGUGCCACUGUUGAAAGAGUUGGCCAAUUUGUACGAGAACCAGCUCUUCAAUUAUCGAGACUUGAGCAGUAUCCUGAAGAUGCAGGCGAAAUUCUUUGACAACAUCCUUCAGCAACUCCGUCCAGAGCCCGAAUAUUUUAGAGUCGGCUUCUACGGUCUAAGUUUUCCUCUGUUUGUCAGGAAUAAACAAUUUGUAUAUAGAGGAUUGGAAUACGAGAGAAUUGGUGCUUUCACACAGAGAUUGCAGACUGAGUUUCCCUCAGCCCAGAUCCUCAUGAAGAACACGCCUCCAUCUGAAUCUAUAAUUAAUUCAGAAGGACAAUUUAUUCAAAUAUGCAACGUUAAGCCCAUCCCGGAAUCAAAUCCCAUAACGAUGGCGGCAGAUGCUCCGCAAGAGGUGGCCAGGUUUUAUCACUACAAUGAUGUGAAGAGGUUCCAAUGCGAUAGGCCCGUCCACAAAGGCAUUGUCGAUAAAGAAAAUGAGAUUAAGACACUCUGGAUCGAGCGCACGAUUCUGGAGAUUGAAUGCACUUUACCGGGGAUAUUAAGAUGGUUCGAAGUGAUCGACCGUAAAACUGACGAGAUUCCACCGAUAAAAUACGCUUGCGAAACAAUGAAGUCUGUGGAUAAAGAGUUGAGGCAGUUGAUUGCCAUCUACAGCGUGGAUAGGCGGAGGAAUUUAAAUCCGUUCACUAUGAGAUUACAAGGCAUCAUCGAUGCCAACGUUCAAGGCGGAAUCAGCAAAUACCAGCAGGCUUUCUUCACAAAAGAGUUUACUAAGAUUUGCCCGCCAGAGCACAUGAAUUACGUGUACACUUUGAAAAAUAUGAUCCUGGACACAACACAGGUUAUAGAAGAGGGUUUGAAUUUACAUGGGACACUGGCUCCAGAUGGUGUUAAACCUCUGCACCAGAGAUUGAUCGAACGGUUUGCUCAGCUGAAGCAGAGCUUAGGAUGCUCGAAUCCAUUGAAACGGCAACAGUCGGAAAGUAUCGUCAAUUCUCCGUUGCCGCCGCUACCAAACGAAAAGCGUACGUCGGAGAUGAAUCACAGUAAUCGCUCUUCAAAUUCCAGUGGAAACUACGGAUAUUUGGUGGAGUAUCAAGCGUUUGAAGGAGAGGAUCCCUAUACCAAACCAAUGGAUGUCGAUAAGAAUACAUUGAGUAGAGAAAAUUUAACUUUACCGAUGAUGUCGCACGGUGGUAACAACUCUAGCGCGCCGCCGAUCCCGCAUCGGGAUAAUAGACCACGUUCUCAGGGAUUUACGAAUACCUAUAUGGAGAUCGCGAAGACACCGACUCGAUCGAGCACCGAUUACUCCAGUUUGCCGUCUCUGAAAUCAAGAUCUGAUUCGGAAUCGAAUGAUAUUCCACUUCCUCCGAAACCGACGCAUAGCAGAGAGCGUUCCUUGACAAAGCCACCAUCGCCUAGGUUGCUUAGGCAUUCGAUGGCUACUCCCACCGAACCUACUACUCCUCUUAGAAAUUCUUGGCCAGACGGCACAGCGGAAGAGGCUCCGCCACUUCCUCCACGCUCCCACACUCCGGACAAAAGGGCACCUUCUCUGUCAGAACAACCUCCCAACAUACCGAAAAGAGGACACAAAAAGUCGACACCUUCGGUUUUCAGCAUCGAUUCCGUUGUUGAUAUAGCUUUGGAGGAUACGCAACUAAAUUCUUCUACUAACAGCCUGACGCACACCGAGCCCUCAGAACACGACCUUCGCGAUUCCGGUAUUAGCAUGACGGACCACUCGAACCACCUCAACAACUUUAACAACACAUGUUACGAAGAGUUCGAUGUCAGAUUGCAUCAGCAGGAUAUGAACAUCAACGCUAGUCCUAACGAUCGCAGCCCGAAAGCUGAGAAUCCGCCGCCCAUACCGCCAAAGUCCAAUCUGAACUCGUCUUUGAACUCCAGUUUCGAGUUCACUGGUAGCAUGGAGAGGAAACGCGGCGAUUCUGGCUUGGAGAUGGCAUCGCCGGACAACUAUUCGGUACCCAAGUUAAAGACGGAAGAGAAAGAGCAGAACGAUAGUCCUUGCUGAAAGCAGUUUGCGUUUAGUGAUCAACAAAUAUUUUCAUUCCACGUAUCCAGGUAUAUAGAAAGAGAGAUAUACGUAGCCUCGUAAUAUUUAAAUCAUUCAACUAUAUGUAUAUACAUAUAAGUAUAUAUUAUACAUGCAUAUAAAUACGAACAAAACGUAUAUAGAUUUUAAGUUGGUCGUGAGUUGCUGCAAUAAUAAUAAUUCUAAAUAGCCUGUAAAGAAAGAACGUGUGCCAAAUUUUACCCUGUUUGGUACAUUUCCCAAAGAUCGUCGUCUGCCAAUCAACGAAUUGAACCCUCUAUAUAAUAACUAUGAUUAUAUUCCAAAUACAAAUCGGAUUAUUUUUAUAAUAUAAUAACUAUAUGCGCGGUGCUAUAAAAAAAAUAUUUCCAUAUUCAGGCGGAGCAUAGGAACGAGCAUAUAUUAAAAGAAAUCAAGGACAGAGCACAUCUCUAACUCUUAUAAGUACCUUAUUUAACCUUUUUUCUUUUGUAGUAAAUUUAACAACAUAUACAUACAUACUAGUCAUAUGAAAUGAUAUUUAUAUUUUUCAUCUCUAUUUUAUACUAUACAUAUAAGAGACCAAUCUGUAUUUUUAACUAUCGUAUAUUUAAUUUAACCACUGUGUAAUUGUAAUUGUGAAU